CCUAGUUGGCUAGUUGAAUCCCUUCUUCUACCAAAAUAAUACGGAGUAAAACGAUCCUUGAUUCCUUGUACCACCGCCGGCAAAUCUUCUCCGCCGUAUACUCCACUUCUUUUUCCGGUUGCCCCUUCACAACAAUUGAUCUUUCCAUUCUAUAGGCUACGGGCCGAUCCAUCGUAAGCAACCAACACGCCUCGCUAAUAUUCAAGGCAAAGCAGCAAAUACCGCAAAAGUCGGCACCUUUGUAAGGAGAUGGCUGUGGCGGCUUACGGGCAGCUGCAUCUGGACGAGGUUCCGGUUUGGGGGUCUCGGAGCGUGGAUUGCUUCGAAAAGCUUGAACAGAUUGGAGAAGGCACUUACGGGCAAGUAUUCAUGGCCAGAGAAAAAAGAACUGGAGAAAUUGUUGCUUUAAAGAAGAUCCGCAUGGACAAUGAAAAAGAAGGGUUUCCAAUUACUGCCAUCCGGGAAAUCAAAAUUCUGAAAAAACUGCAGCAUGAAAAUGUAAUCAAGCUGAAAGAGAUUGUGACAUCUCAAGGUCCUGAAGGAGACGAGCCAGUGAAGCCAGAUGCCAAUAAGUACAAGGGAAACAUUUAUAUGGUUUUUGAGUACAUGGACCAUGACUUAACUGGCCUCGCCGAUCGCCCUGGACUGAGAUUCACAAUUCCACAAAUUAAAUGUUACAUGAAGCAACUACUUACUGGUCUUCAUUACUGUCAUGUCAACCAAGUACUUCAUAGGGAUAUCAAAGGUUCCAAUCUUCUCAUAGACAACGAAGGAAAUCUGAAGCUUGCUGAUUUUGGAUUGGCAAGAUCAUUUUCAGGCGAUCAAAAUGCCAAUCUCACAAAUCGUGUCAUUACGCUGUGGUACAGACCACCAGAGCUGUUGCUUGGAGCCACGAAAUAUGGCCCAGCUGUUGACAUGUGGUCUGUUGGUUGUAUCUUUGCUGAGCUUUUAUAUGGAAAGCCAAUCUUACCUGGGAAAAAUGAGCCUGAGCAGCUGAAUAAAAUAUAUGAGCUCUGUGGGACCCCUGAUGAAAUCAAUUGGCCCGGGGUAACGAAGAUUCCCUGGUACAACAAAUUCAAGCCAUCACGGCCUAUGAAAAGACGAGUCAGAGAAACAUUUAGAACGUUGAGUACACAUCUCUAAGAAUAUAUACAAUAAUUUGAAGCACUUAAUUAGGUCAGAGGUCUGACAUAUUGUUGAUUAUUCACUUCACAAUAAACUUCUUUGCAGUUUUGAUCGCCAUGCCUUGGAUCUUCUGGACAAAAUGAUGACACUUGAUCCGUCACAGAGAAUUUCCGCAAAGGAUGCAUUGGAUGCUGAAUAUUUUUGGACUGACCCUUUACCUUGUGACCCAAAAAGAGAUCCAUAAAAGGCCUAAACUGGA